UGAAACCUCAAAACAAGUUUGCCUGUUAUUACUUAACUCUCUAAUGUCCUUAUCCUACCCAUCCCCAUUUGCCUUAACUUUCCUUACGUAUCUUUUGAAACUUUCAGACAAAUCUCAAAAGCAAUACAAAGCAAACACAUCUUUUGAGCAAACUCAAACUCAAACUCAAAAGCAAAUACAUCUGAAAACGAAACCUUCUCCCACAUCUCCAAGCAAUUAUUUCUUCUUAACCCUCCAAAACUUUCAACUUCAUACCCCCUCCCCUCCCCUUCAUCAAUCAAUGGAUGAAUCAGAGCAAUCUCCAAAGAAUUACUACCCAAACCAACGAAACGACAUAACAAGAAUAUCAUCAAUGUCAUCCUCAUCAACAACAAGUGUCCACGUCACCGCAUUAGACGGACUAGUCAACGUAAACUCCCUAUUCACAAUCGCCGUAUUCGUCGGCCUAUCUCUAACAACUCCAGGCCAACGCAGCUUAGAGAAUCGCUCCUCUUGCGACGCCGGCAUCGACGUCGCAAAGAAGCUUCUAGUCUUUGAAGUUGUUUCCUUCAGCUUCUUUCUCUCAUCUUCCCUAGUCGCUCAAGGUCUUAAACUUGCUCUCAAUCUUCUCAACAGUAAGGAUGUGGAUGAAGCUUUUCGUGCACAUAUUAAUUUGAAGGUUCUGAGAUGGGGGAUGUUGGGAUCUGCUUUGGGAUCUGUUAUGGGGUGUUUGUUUUUGAUGCUUUCGAUGGUGAAUGUUAUUGAGAUUAGGUUGGGGAUGUUGUCUUGUGGAAGUAAAUCUGCUGCUCAUGCUGUUGCUGUUAUGGCUGUUCUUGUUACUUCUGCUCUUGUUGUUUAUAUUUCUACUGCUAUUUAUGCUUUUACUCACUAGAUUUGGAAUUGAAAUUAUGUUUCUUUGUUAUGUUUUUUGAUAUAUGAAAUGGAUUUCUGAUUCGGUAAUAGUUGCUAAUUUAUGUGAUUUUUGAAUGACAGCAAAAUCAUAGCACUGUCACUACUGAACGAAAGUGUGUCGCGUGUCUGACAUGUAUAUGUUUGUAACACGGAUUGAUACAUGUGAUGACAUUGAAUGAUGUCAUUUUCUUAAA